AUGGCAACACCUGGCGAGCAGGCCCUCGACGAAGCCAUCUCCUUCUCCAGGCGUCACCUUGCGUCCAUGAAAGGCAGGCUCCCGUCGCCACUGGAAGAGCAAGUGUCCCGUGCCCUCGACAUCCCUCUCGCACGCCUGCCAAAGCGGCUGGAGACGAUGCACUACGUCGUAGAGUAUGGCAAAGAAGAGGGGCACGACGCCGUGCUCUUGGAGCUCGCGAGGCUGGACUUUGACUUGCUCGGGUUUCUUCACCUCAGGGAGCUAAAGGACCUGUCAUUGUGGUGGAAGGAUCUCUGUGGCAAUGUGAAACUAAACUACGAAGAAUACUCUCGUGCGCGAAUGCUGUUUGCCAAGACAUUCGGGUUGCUGUCCUUGAUGGAUGACACGUACGAUGUGUAUGCUACAUUAGAGGAAUGCCAUAUACUCAACGAUGCUAUACAGAGAUGGGAUGAAACCACUGCUUCCAUUCUUCCAGAGUACAUGAAAAUGUUCUACAUCAAUCUUGUGAGGAACUUUCAAGAGUUUGAGCAUAGUUUGCAGCCAAAUGAGAAGUACCGCGUAUCCUAUGCAAAGCAAGCGUUUAAACUGUCAUCAAAGUACUAUCUGGACGAGGCCAAAUGGUGCAGUGAGAAAUACGCGCCGAGCUUCAAAGAGCACAUGGAGGUGUCUGUCAUGUCGUCAGGCUUCCCAACACUAGCCGUGGUGCUGCUUAUGGGUGCAGGUGACAUGGCGACCAGGGAGGCGUUCCAGUGGGCGAUCGGCGUCCCGGACGUGGUCACCGCCAGUGGAGAGGUCGCUCGUUUCCUCAACGACAUCGCUUCGUACAAGAAGGGGAAGAACAAGAAGGACUUGGCAAGCUCCGUGGAAUGCUACGCCAAGGAGCAUGGCACGUCAGGGGAGGAGGCAACCUUCAUUAUCUGCUACAUGACUUUUUUAGACAUAACUGGGAGUUAUGAAUGA